AUGCUGUAAUUUAAUUAAAAUCAUCUUAUUGGACCCAGACCUAUUUUCAUGCAGCCUUUGGAAUCUUAUAGGAAUCUGGAUGUUGAUAAUACCCAAUGUACAGAUGACUUUUCCAAUAAAAUUUAAUCUCAAACAAAUUCUUUCAUAGAAACUCCCUAAAUACAAACUGAAGGCCUUGCCAAAUAAAAAAAUAGCAAGAAAAAAGUUAAAUUUAACCUAAACAUUGUUCAUUGUUAAUUUAAUUAGAAGGAACCUGCUUAGGCUAUAGGAAGGCUAGUUUAAAAAUUAAUAAAUUAGAAACCUCAUCUUUAUUGGGUAAAUCCAUAGAUCUUAAAAAACUAAUGAC